AUGGUGCAACAGCAAGCUGCUGCCAGAGCAGACAUGAUGAGGAUGGUAGAGGUACAGCAACAGUUCUUGCAGCAACAGUUGCAGCAACAGCAAGCAAUAUAUCAACAACAGCAGCAGCAACAGCAGCAGUUCCAAGGCACUGCAGCUCAGCCGGAGCAUCGAGUCAGACUGUUGGAUUUUCAGAGAUAUGCACCCCCAGCAUUUAAAGGUACGGCUGACCCGAUGGAGGUUGAGAGCUGGCUGAAACAGAUAGAGAAAGUCUUUCAAGCUCUGAGGUGCCCUGAUGAGGAGAAAGUCCUUUUUGCCACCUUUAUGUUACAGGGUGAGGCAGCUGACUGGUGGGAGAUGGAGAAAGGGAAGCUUGGUUCGGAUGAUGCCCCCUUCAUUUGGGAGGAAUUUAAAAAGGUUUUUCAUGAGAAGUAUUUUCCCCAAGGUAUCCGAUUCCAGAAAUAUAGGAAGUUUGACCGACUGGAGCAGGGUGAUAUGACAGUUGCCCAGUAUGCAGCAAAGUUUGAAGAGAUGUCCCGAUAUGCUCCGAUCUUGAUAUCAGAGGAUAGUGAUCGAGCAACGAAAUUUGAAAAUGGACUCAGGGGAUGGAUUCAACAACAAGUCGCUGCUUUUGAACUGUCUAGUUAUAAAGAUACAGUUAACAAAGCCCUAGUGAUAGAAAAAGGGCUUGACAAUGCCCAAGCUGCCAGAGAAAAGAAUAUGAAGAAAAGGUUUCGACCCACUGAUUCUCCGAGCCAAAAUAGUAGACCCCUCAAGUCGAAGGAUCAGAGACCGAAUCAAGUCGUCACCAGAGACAGAGGUCAAGCCCGAGGUGCUAUUAGAUGCUACAGAUGUGGGGGACCUCAUCUCAAGCGAGAUUGCACUUGA